AAGGACAAGUAUGAACAGAGCCGCCGCCGGCACAAGAUAGGAACACAACAAACCCACUAACACGCAAAGUGUGUUGACAUUGCUGUCCAAACAAAGCGAGUCUUAUUUAUCGCAUAAGAUGGAAAUGUUACUAGGGAAGACUAUUUUGUUUGCCCCACAAAACACACUGUUGUUUAUUCGACAAUAUUAAUAGGUUUUAAAAGAAUCUUUCACGGAGUCAUUCGGCUUCAUAAAGUUUACAGUCUCCUCAAAGGCAAACUUGUAAAGCUUCAUUUAUUUCUGCAUUUAACACGCUGUGUAUCACGAGGAAGAGAUUUGGAGAGCGUUUUACGCUCCUGACUUCUGUGAGUUUUCCACAAACCAGUGUUCUCGAGCCUAAAACCCGAACUCCACCCUCACGAUCUCUCGAGGCGUGUUACCACAGCUCAGAUCCACAGAGGAGAGGAACGGAGAUCUUCAAAGCUGCGUUUCUUUACCUUUUGAGCGACUUAUACUUCAAAAGAUGCUUUAGUGGUACUUAUAUUUCUGAGAUCACUACUUCAGAGGAAGACAACAAGAGCUCUGAGCUAUGGACUGGAACACAUUUCAAGCCCUGCUCAGCGGGGUGAACAAAUACUCCACUGCCUUCGGCCGCAUCUGGCUCUCUGUAGUUUUUGUGUUUAGAGUCAUGGUUUACGUUGUAGCUGCAGAGAGAGUUUGGGGGGACGAGCAGAAAGACUUCGACUGCAACACCAAACAACCCGGCUGCGCCAACGUGUGCUAUGACUACUUCUUCCCAAUGUCCCACAUCCGUUUGUGGGCCUUGCAACUCAUCUUCGUCACCUGUCCGUCGUUGAUGGUGGUGAUGCAUGUGAAGUACCGCGAGGAGCGCGAAAAGAAAUAUCGCGCCAAACACGGCGAAAACACCAAGCUCUACGAAAAUGCUGGGAAGAAGCACGGCGGACUGUGGUGGACGUACUUGAUCAGCCUUUUUGUGAAGACGAGCAUAGAGAUCACCUUCCUUUAUAUUCUCCAUUACAUCUACGACAGUUUCUACCUGCCACGCUUGGUUAAAUGCGAUGUGUUGCCCUGUCCCAACAUUGUGGACUGUUACAUAGGCCGGCCCACGGAGAAAAGGGUCUUCACCUACUUCAUGGUUGGUGCGUCAGCGCUGUGUAUCGUGCUAAGUGUCUGCGAGAUCAUCUAUCUCAUCUCCAAACGCUUAAUUCGCUGCACCAACAAGUUAAGAAAGGACCACAGAAGCGGCACGCCAAUUCACGGACGAUACAGAGAUGAGGACAGUAACUGCACUCUUCCCAUGCAUGAGCUGGACGGCAAACCGGAAUACAAACCUGAGUACAAACCCGAGUCUAAAUCAGAGUUUAGGCCUGAGUAUAAACAUGAGUCUACAACACAGUCAAAAUCGGAGCUCAAGCCAACGUUCAAGCCAGCUUACAGGCUUACAAGUGUGGAUAUGAGAGCUUCUGCUCCAAAUCUCUCUUUACCUAUGUAUAAAAUGCAGUCCGACAUCCUCUAGAAAUUGAGAGGGUCAUGCUGAACUGAAUAGGGUGCUUCCUUUAUUAAGUAUUUACAAAGUCAUCUGGGUGCAUAAACAAGCAUUUCUAACUCUUUGAAUCUCAAAGGAAAUGGUUUCUUUCAUCUUGUGCUGACAUACUUGAAAACGGCGUUGGGUCCUUGUCAUUUAGAUGGUUCGUGAAAUACUGUACGCCUGUUUCAGGAAAUGGUGCCUUGGAAAUACCACUUGCAGGAAGUGUUGUCCCGGAAAUACCAGGGAUUAUGAGUCUUGCCCAGUGGCGCGACUGUAAUUAACCAAGAUUGUUUUUAAUGACUCUUACAUGACUGCUACAACUGGGAUCAAACCUGGAGUCUUUUGAAUACCUGCCUAUAGAUAGGCUCCAAUAUCAGAUCAAACUACUGCCUUUUAUUCAUUGUAAAUAAGAAUAUUUACUUUAAAAGUAAAGUAAAUGAAUUUGUCUGCUUUAAAUGAGUUUUCUUUUUGUUUGUUAUUCUUUUGGUUAAAGCAUUUCUUUGUUAAAGAAGAACUAAAGAGAAAAUCCCGCUGGAGUUGUCAAAUGACCAGACACACCUUACAUGCAAACCACACCUUCACACGCAGACAAAAAAUGGAAUCGUGGCGCAUUUCAUACGUCAUGUUUUGUGUCUGGGUUUCACAUUUGUUACAGAGAUCAAAUCAAAAAGUUUCGAUAUAAAAUAACUGCUCAGAUUCAUGGAGUCUGAUGAAAAUGUAGAGGUAGAUCAAAGAUAUACUGUAGCAGUUUCCAUAAAAUGGUGACCUGCUCUUAUUAUCAGCUUUAAAAAAGUACUACCCACCCUACAACACAGGAAAUGUUAUUUUACACAACAUUAUUUUUUAAGGAUUUGAUUCUGAAAAGAUUGUGUAUUUUUCUACUUAUAUGUCUUUAUCCCUGAAUUAUUCUGAUAUCAGUAAUUUUGUAAUGCUUGUCAAUUUUGAUACUGUACAAAUAAAGUUUAUAAAUAUA